GGAGGCUCUCGCCCUUUUUCUCUCUGCACUUCUCGAGACAGUUUCUUACAAUCAAUAUUCUACGCAGAGAUUUCAAUUCUUGCCAUCUCCGAUCCUCUCGAUCUCCUCCGAGUGCUCGCUACUCACCUGAUGAGCCGAACAAUGGCAGAUAAGGACGAGGGAGAGGAAACUAGUACUCGCAGAAAUGAAUGGGAAGUUGUCUCACUUACAGCGUCAGCAUAUGCGGCUGCUCCUGGGCCAGAUGUUGAACUGAAAACCGAUGACAAGGGUAGUGCAUAUGAAGUUGAUGAUGCAGAAAUAUCUCGUGCGAUGUUCAUGUCCGGUCACUUUGUCUUUCCACCCAGCCAACAUGAAAAUCUUCCUAUGGAGCCUGAGAAAGAUCAAUCUGAAGAAGAAAAACACCAAGAUGAUCUUGCAGAGCUGGAAACAGAAGGGGGAAGAUCUACCAGAAAGGACCAGAAAGAUACGAGUUUCAGGACGACACAUGAUGAGUUUCCUGGGAUAGAGUGUUUUGAUGAGACAGGCGGCAGACAGUUUAUUCAGGAUAAGGAGUUUGAGGAAGGCAUGAGUCUGCAAGGGCUGGAUACACCCUAUGUUGAUGCUACUUUAAGUUCUUUUCACGGUGAAAUUGCUCUUGGUGGCCCCAAUCCAAGUACAUAUGUCGACAACACAAGCACUGAGUUAACCGAACAUGAGCAUGUCUUAGAUUCCCCCGAGGAGUUAUCAAGGUCAUCCAAGUCCACUAAAGAUCACGAUUAUUAUGAGACUGACCUUCCUUGUGGAGCUUGGUGGAAGAAACGCGCGGCUUCUUUUUAUACACAUGCAAAGGAGGCAAAUAAUUUUUGGUCUAUUUUUGUUGCUGCAGCUGUCAUGGGCCUUGUAAUUCUUGGGCAGAGGUGGCAGCAAGAAAGAUGGCAAGUUCUUCAACUUAAAUGGCAUAUGGCCGUCAAUGAUGAGAAGAUGGGCCGGCUGCUGGGUCCCUUAUAUCGAUUCAAAGAUGUGAUAGUAGGCGGCCACCGACGCGGUUCCUUUAUUAAGGGCAGUUCAUCGAGUGAGAACUAAGAUGAUGACGAAAAACAUGGACGGAGAGAGAGAAAGAGAGUGAGAGAUUUUAGUAUGUUGUUGUAUCGUGCUGCGGGUAUCAUUCCGAUGACCGAGUUACGCUUGUAUUAUUUAAUUCAUGUCGUGGUGACAGAGGUGACAAUUUUAUGUUAGUGUAUUCCAUUGUACAGUGAUUUGCUUGACAAUAGUUGGUUCUGCCCAAACUGGACUUAAGGUGUUAUAGGCAAAGUUUCUGUGA